AUUCAUAGCAAUCCAGGAAUUUAAUCACCUAAUUUAAAACAGAACAAAAAUAUAUUUUUUUUAAAUCACCAGUUACCGGAACAGGGGUCAUGUGUUGCUACAGCGACGCGUGCGUCGUAACCUGAAGCAAAUUACCUAACUGAGCCUGUUCCUAAAAUCGUCAAUUUUUUUUCCUGAAAGUUGAAUUAGUGAACUUUCUUCAUGGCACACAAAAAGGGCUCAAUAAUGUCGGAGAGAGUAAAAUUUAGAAGAUAUCUUGAACAAAGUGGGCUCCUUGACGCCUUGACAAACGCAAUGACAGCACUCUACAGUGAUUCUGAUAAACCUGAAAAUGCCAUGGCUUUUUUGAAGCGUCACAUCAUGGCACAGGAGUCUGAGGCUCUUGCCACUCAAAAAGCUGAGCUGCAACAAAAGUAUCAGCUUCUCAUGGAAGAGAACCAGACCCUGAGGAGGAAGCUGACGCAGUAUGAGCCAUCACCUGAAGCUGCCGAGUAGAAGGGAUGCGUUCCUUUAUUGCAUAAACAAAAAAGUACAGUAGAGAUGAAAUCGUUUUUUAACCCAUGAAAAGAGAGCGAGAUGACUUUUUUUUGUUGGAUGGUUUGCCAUAAGAUUUUUGUCGUAGCUCAAGAAAGCUUAGCAAACACUGUUUCAUGUGACGGUUUACAAAUUUUCACUUUAAUGGUUUUAUUGACUAAUAAUUCAUUUCAGAUGUUGUUGAUCGCACUUGAAACUUCCGUAAGGUUCCGGCAAAAGAACAUUAAAAAAAAUAAGUU